AUGUCGCAUCUACUAUCACGGACGGAUAUCAUUAACCGUUGCUUAGAACGAGGCUGCUCUGCCGAUUUCUGGAUUAAUAUUGCACUGUGCGUGCUAGGUUGGAUUCCGGGGAUUAUCCAUGCUUGGUACAUCAUUUCCAAGAGCGAAGGAGCCAUGUAG